AUGAACGCCGCACGACUGGUCGUGCGACCAGGAUUCGUCGUGCGCGCCAAGCUCACGCAAAACGUUCCCGAUCGCCUAUCGGCAAUGCUCUCCUCUUCUCUCAUUAUUCAUCUACGGUUCCUCCUGGACAUGGGUUGUGCCCCUUCUCAAUCUCUUCCUCCCUCUCCUGCGCGAACCACAAGAACCCCGCCUAAGGCCUCUACUUCUCAGACUGACAGUGAUGGCUCGUCAAUAGACAAGUACACCGCUGGCCUGCGCCGAAACCAAGAAUGGGCCGCGCAGACUGCGCGCGAGCACCCCGACCUUUUCCCUACACUCGCAACCGGCCAGCAGCCCCAGAUCCUCUGGCUCGGCUGCUCCGACUCGCGAUGCCCUGAGACCUCCAUGAUGGGCCUCCAGCCUGGCGAUGUCUUCGUUCAUCGCAAUAUCGCCAACAUCCUCCACCCCGGUGACCUGAGCUCAGGCGCCGUCAUCGAAUACGCCGUGCAGCAUUUGCGUGUCAAGCACGUUGUGGUUUGCGGACACACCUCAUGCGGUGGUGUCGCCGCCGCUAUGGGCAACAAGCCGCUGGGUAUCCUGGAUCCUUGGCUCCUACCUUUGCGCCAGGUGCGCGAGCGUAACCUCGAUCUGCUGCAGUCCCUCUCUGCCGACGAGGCUGCGCUCAAGCUCGUGGAGUUGAACGUGCGUGAGAGCUUGAACGUGGUGACUCAGAAGAGCGUUGUCCUCAACGCGAUUCAGGAGCGUGGCCUCGAGGUCCACGGUCUGAUCUACGAUGUCGCCUCCGGUGUUCUGCGUGAGUUGGAUACCCAGGACUCGCAAGAUGCCAUUCGUGCCCGCCUGGUGGCCUUCAAGACCGAAUACUAA